UGUCAAAACAAAAGAAAGUGAAAUUUUGACAAGCGCGCAUUAUUCGUCGAUCGUGCGCGAAUCGUGUGAUAACAUUUCCCUGCAAAUCGUGUUUUAAAAUUCGCGUAAUUUAACCGUUUUCAGCUAGAUUAGAGCGCCGCGCAGCUUCCGCCACAGAAACGAUGGGCACCAAGCGGAAGGCGGAGGACCAGGAAGUGUUUGAAGUCGAGAGUGACGAGGAGGGUGAGGUGCGUCAGGGGGUUGGAGGGCCUCGGGACGAUGGCGGCAGCGAUAGCGACGUCGAAAUACAGGAAAAGACGAUUCCGGUGGUGAAUGUGGACGACGAUGAGGAGAUGGACACGGCGGCGAAGGAACCACCGGAUGGACCGGAUUCUCCUGAGGGUUUUAUAGGUCCUGCUCCUAGGGGGGAAGGGUUGAGUGAGGAAUCGAAGCAAGCCGUGACGAUGAAGGGGUCUUCUGACAAGUUGCUUCUGAGCAUGACGUUUAGGGACGCGGAACUGUUUCAGCUGUUCAAAGGUUCCCUCACGGAAUAUCUGAAGACGACGUUCCAGCUGAAGUUGGCCGGCCAGGAAGUGGACGUUCUCCACCAAGUGGAGAGCUGCUCCAUUCAGAUACUCAGCAAGCAACCGCUUCCGGAGAAGGAGCCGGAAUCUGGUCCCGCCGUUUGUCCUCCCACCACUCCAACCCCGAAGGACAAUCCUUCGGCAAAGGUCGCCGAAGACGACGGGAUGUUUGUGAUUGAUUCGACGCCCGCCAAAACGGCCAAGGGAGGUCCCAUCGUGCCGAGCUACAAGAAGGCGCUCCAGAAGGUGCUGGACAAUUCGCCGUCGGCCAACGCAGGAGACAGCGCCACGAAGCGGCCAAAGCCACGGCAGCUGUGCUGGAACUGCGACGGCGAUCACGGUCUGCGGGACUGCAAGGAGCCGCGCAACUUUGCCAAGAUCAGCAAGAUGAAGCAGGAGCACAUGAAGAAGAUGGACCGGUAUCACGUGGAUCUGGAGCAAAAGUACGGCCACAUUGUGCCGGGCAGGCUUUCGGACGAGCUGCGGCAGGCGCUGGGAUUGAAAAAGCGCGACCUCCCCGUCCACAUCUACCGGAUGCGGCUGUACGGCUACCCGCCCGGCUGGCUCGAGGAGGCCAAAGUGACGCACUCGGGCCUGCAGCUGUUUGACUCGCGCGGCGCGCCGGUCCAGGACUCGGACGAAAGCGACGGCGAGGUGGACAACGUCAAGCACAAGUUUGACGUGCGCAAGAUCAUCAGCUAUCCGGGCUUUAACGUGCCGGCGCCGACGGAGUUCUACGACGAUUCCAAGUUUUUCGGCGUGCCGCCGCUGCAGGAGCACCAGAGCCGCGAGCGGAUGAUCCAGAGUUUGGAGGGUUCGCUCGUGCAGGGCUACCGGCGGAAGAAGCUCCGGUUGAGUGGGGCUGGGGCGUCGGAAGGGCCGCAAGCGGCUGCCGAUAUGGAGUUGGAUGCGCCGGAUGAGGGUAGCUUCACGACGGUCGAUUCCGUUGGGGAGUGUGACUCGUUGAAGGCGGGAGGAGUGAACGGAGCAGCAGUGGUGGCCACGGCGGAGAAUCGGCCCGCUGAUGAGGAACCCGAGGAGGGUGAGGUGGACGAGGACGGGGACGAGUUGAAGCGGCCGGAAGAGGCGGUGCAGGGCGAGGAGGUGCAACUUAACGGGAAGGAGGAGGACGGUGGAGUGGACAAGAAUGACACCUCGAAGGAUGACAGCCUAAUUCUGGUGGAACCAGAAGAACCGGAAGUUAUCUGUUUGGAUGACACGCGCCCUCUCUCGCCAUCGCUAGAAGACCUCCGCCUCCAGCAGCAGCAACUGCUCCAAGCGCUCGAAGACCAGUCGCCCGCCGUAAAGCGAAGGAAAAAGGGACCCUCCCUGGACAGCGCCAAAUCCCCCGAAGACUCCCUGCUCGAGGACGUCCUCGAGGUGGAACGGUUAGCGGAGGAACAACAGCAAGAUGAAGAACCAGCCCAACCUGCCCGGCUAAUCGUCCCGUUCGUAUUCCCGGCACCGCCCCUCCCGCCGAGCAGCGAACCAACGCCCCCCCAGGAGCGACCUCCGGAGCCGGAGUUCCUGAACCUGGACGAAAUCAAAAUGUCGAAAACGCCAUUCAUCGACGACCCUGCCUCGAUGGGGCUGAAGACGAUGUCGCUGGGGACGCCCAUCCUGACGGCGUUUUCGCCAUUUAGCACGCUGCCGUGCGGGGACGCCUUCUCGCGGGGCGUCAGCGACGUGAUCAACUUUGAGAACUUGCCCAACUCGACGGGCAAGUACGAACGCAUGAAGUCGCUGCUGUCGAAGGUGCGCACGGUGAUUCACGCCCAUAACGGGGAGUUGGGGGAGGAGGAGGAUGGGGAGGACCAGGAUCAAGACUCGAGAUAACAGACGGAGAUGGUCCGGGAACGGAUCGAAGACGAAGAAGCUGAAGAAGAAGAAGGUGAAAUUGUAUGAACGAGCGUGCACGCGAUCUUUCCAACUUUUAUACGAAAUCUUUAAAGAAAAGAGCAGACGAAAUUGUUGCAUGGUUGAAAUUUCCCCCCUAAAAAAAGCAAAAUCUGUGUGUGAGUGUGCAAAUCUAGCGUGUUAAGCUAAAAUUACUCUGUAAGCUUGGAAAUAAAAUGUAGAGUUUUAUGACGAGAGAAUCGUACACCAACCAUAA